AUGGCAGACGAGCCGGGCUCCCUAAACUGGCGCCUCAGUGCCCAUCCCAUCACACUUCUAACAUAUCUAGGCUUCCGAAUAGGAAGUCUCCUCAUGUACCUCUUCGGCGUGCUCUUCAUCCGCAACUUCGUCCUCGUCUUCAUCCUCACCCUCCUCCUCCUGUCCAUCGACUUUUACUACCUCAAGAACAUCGCCGGCCGUCGCCUCGUGGGCCUUCGCUGGUGGAACGAGGUCAACACCUCCACGGGCGACUCGCACUGGGUGUUUGAAUCGGCCGCGGGCACGGGCAGGACGGAGAACAAGACGGACAAGAGGUUCUUCUGGUUGAGCAUGUAUACCGUGCCGGCGUUGUGGGUCGGCCUCGCGAUUCUGGCGUUGGUGAGGCUGCAAAAUCUCAUCUGGCUGGUGACGGUUGUGAUUGCAUUGGUCCUCACCAUCACCAACACCGUCGCAUUCUCGCGCUGCGACAAGUUUAGCCAGGCCUCGAGUUUCGCCGGGUCGGCUCUCUCGGGCUCAGGACUGGCCAGGAGUCUCGCGAGUAACGUGAUGGGAAGGUUUUUCAAGUGA